AUCUUCAGUUCACAAAUCACCAUCACUGAUACUUAAAUAAAUCAAAUCCAAGCUCAGAACUUUUCAAAACCAUGGUGCUGAUAUGAUGAUCCAUUUUCAAACCCGAACCCGUUUACCCACCUGGUAUAAACCAUUUUAUCCCAUCCUUAUUCAUCCUUUAUUAGUACACAGCCCAAAACCCAGUCUUCCUCAAACCCUAAAAAUGGGAGCGACUGAGGCCAAUUCCAAGAGACCCGUUUGCCCAUCAUGCUCCAAACCCACCUGGCUCUGCCUCUGCAGUCGGAUCCGGGCCCCGGGUCUUGAAAAUUCGGUAAGAGUAACCAUUCUUCAGCAUAGUUUAGAGAAAAAGCACCCACUCAAUUCUGCUAGAAUUGCUAGACUAGGCCUCAAGAAUUUCACUCUAGCAACUGUUUCCGAUGUUCUCUUUGAAGGCCGGUUCGUUAUUCGGUUGAGGGAACCGGAUUCUGAAAUGGGUUCGGUUCAAAAUGGUUUGGAUUCUGAUGAAUUUGUGGAAAAUGUGGACACCCAGAAGCUAGUUUUUGAGCAUAGUGAUGGGGUAGAGGAAGUUAGAGAAAAUGUGAGCAAUUCAGAAUAUGGGUUAUUUGCAAAGUGCCCAAUUGAGGAAAACACUAAUUUAAUUGGUGAUAAUGGAGGAUGUUGUUUGAGAAAUGGUCUCAGUGGCGCUAGAAAUUCUCAAAACCCUAUGAAAGAAGUUAAUUUUAUAGGAACUUCGGGGUUUUCAGUGAGUGAUGAAUUAGUUUUUGAGCCAGGAGAUGAAUUGAAGGUCGAAGAUUGCAUUGGUGAAAAGGAUACAUUCAGUUUAGAGAGUCUACUUGAAAAUAGAGACCAAGUUACACAACUUAAUGCUCAUACGGUUUCAGCUGCUUCAACAUUGGAUGAAGCAGUUUUGGAUAAUGAAACUACUGCUACCAAUGAGAGUGAAUUUUCUCAUCUGGAUGUUGAUCCAAAUGAAGUUGUCCAAAGACAAAGAGGUCAUGAAGCACCAGUUAUUACUGCAACCAUUGGAAAAUAUGGUGUCAUUGGCUCUCUUUGUCAUAUUUGGAUGCCACAAGCCCAUUUGCAGAAGCCAACAUUUGAUAACAUUCUAGCUUCUCCUGAAGCUCGUGAUGCUCUAGCAAAAGGGUUUUCUGUAAAAAAGUUGCAAAAGCGACAGUUGAGUGGGAGCAAGGAGUUGGAAGAGUAUGAAGAGCUUGAACUUGAGGUUCCUCCAGGAUCAGUGCUUCUAUUCCCAUCUGAUUGUGCAAUCAGUAUUGAUGGCCUUGAUGCUCUUGGUUGUGAGGUGAAGAAUUUAAUCGUCUUGGAUGGUACAUGGGCAAAGGCAAAUAGAAUGUACAAUGAGAACCCCUGGUUGAAGCUUUUGCCACAUUUGAAGUUGGAUUUGAACAAGCUGAGCUUGUAUAGUGAAGUGAGGUCUCAGCCAAAAGCUGGAUGUUUGUCCACGAUUGAAAGCAUUGUAUAUGCCCUGAAGGCUAUUGGGGAAAACCCUGAAGGGCUAGAUGAUCUCCUGGAUGUUUUCGAGUCUAUGGUUGAAGACCAGAGGCGAUGUAAAGAUGAGAGGUUGAGCAAAGUCUCUUCAGUUUGAGUUUGUAUAGUGAAGUGACGUCUCAGCCAAAAGCCUGAUGUUUGUCUACAAUUCAGAGCAUAGUAUAUGCUCUGAAGGCUAUUGGAGAGAACCCUGAUGAUCUCUUGGAUGUUUUCAAGUCUAUGGUUGAAGACCAGGGGCGAUGUAAAGAAGAGAGGUUGAGCAAAGUCCCUUCAUUCUUAUAUUUGCUACAUUUAUACUGUUCUAACUAACAUCAUCUUAAGAACAUUGUGCAAGUAAAAUUAAAGUAGAUAUGACCUGUGGUUGACAGUAGCUAUAUAUAUUUUUUGGUUUUGGGAGAGAGGUUUGGGGUUUUUUUUUU